CCCUUCUUCGAUAGUAUUUACACAAACCCAAUUGUGUAUAUCUCAAUGCACCUUCUCCUCUCUCACUCUGUAACCCAGAGAUCUCUCUGAUUGGCUUCCUCCUCAGAUUUUGCCAAACUCCAGCCGGAAAUGGGAAAGGUGGUAGUCGGAGCGGCGAUCAUUUGCGCCGCCACGGUGUGUGCCGCGGCGGCCCUGGUAGUCCGCCACCGCAUGCGGAGCUCUGCAAAAUGGGCCAGAGCUAUGGCGAUCAUCAGGGAUUUUGAGGAGAGAUGUGGGACCCCCCUUGCGAAACUGAAGCAGGUGGCCGAUGCCAUGACUGUGGAGAUGCACGCUGGGCUCGCUUCCGAAGGCGGCAGCAAGCUUAAGAUGCUAAUCAGCUAUGUCGACAAUCUCCCAACUGGGAAUGAAAAAGGGUUGUUUUAUGCACUGGACCUUGGAGGAACAAACUUCCGUGUGUUGCGUGUGCAGCUGGGGGGAAAAGAUGGCGGAAUUGUCAAUCAAGAAUUUGCUGAAGUGUCAAUCCCUCAAGAUCUGAUGGUUGGAACUUCAGAUGCAUUAUUUGACUAUAUUGCGGCAGAGCUUUCAAAAUUUGUCGCUCAAGAAGGUCAGGAUUUCCAACUCCCUCCAGGCAGGCAGAGGGAACUUGGUUUUACCUUCUCAUUCCCUGUGAUGCAAUCAUCAAUUGAUUCUGGGACCCUUAUUAAGUGGACAAAAGGCUUCUCUAUAGAUGAUGCAGUUGGCCAAGAUGUUGUUGCAGAGUUGACAAGAGCUCUGGAAAGGCAAGGUCUUGAUAUGCGUGUGUCAGCUCUGGUUAAUGAUACAGUUGGGACGCUAGCUGGAGGCAGAUAUAGCAACAAGGAUGUUGUUGCUGCUGUUAUUUUAGGCACUGGAACAAAUGCAGCAUAUGUGGAAUGCGCACAUGCCAUACCAAAAUGGCAUGGUCUUCUACCUAAGUCAGGAGAGAUGGUUAUCAACAUGGAGUGGGGUAACUUUAGGUCAUCACACCUUCCAUUGACCGAGUAUGAUCACUCCUUGGAUGCUGAGAGUUUAAACCCCGGUGAACAGGUUUUUGAGAAGCUCAUUUCUGGCAUGUACUUGGGUGAAGUUGUUCGCAGAGUUUUAUGUAGGAUUGCUGAAGAAGUUUCCCUUUUUGGUGAUACCGUACCACCAAAAUUAAGAAUUCCAUUUAUAUUAAGGACUCCUCACAUGUCUGCAAUGCAUCAUGACACUUCUCCGGAUCUUAAGUAUGUCGCGGAAAAACUGAGGGAUAUUUUGGAGAUACCUAACGCGUCUCUAAAAGAAAGAAAACUAGUUGUUCAACUCUGUGACAUCGUUGCAACACGCGGGGCCCGCCUUGCUGCUGCUGGAGUUUUGGGCAUUCUGAAAAAAUUGGGAAGAGAAACAUCCAAGGAUGGGGAGAACCAAAAGACAGUGGUAGCCUUGGAUGGGGGACUGUAUGAGCAUUAUGCUGCAUAUAGCAAGUGCCUGGAGACUACCAUAGCAGAACUGCUAGGAGAAAAAGUCUCAGAAAGCAUCGUUAUUGAGCAUUCUAACGAUGGAUCAGGAAUUGGAGCUGCCCUUCUUGCUGCUUCUCAUUCCCAGUACCUCGGAGUUGAUGAGUCCUGAACCCUCACAAUAGUUGAGUUUGCGUUGUGCCUUCCUUUUUUUCUUUUUAAAAUUUUCAUGUUCAAUGCCCUCGUAUCCUUUCCUUCUACAAGCUCACUCAUUCAUUCUUCGGUGUCUCUACCUCCCAUACUCUUCUCUUUUCAGUUAGGAAAUCGUGUCAAUGAGGUAUAAUUUAUGGCUGUGGAGAACUUACAUAAGAAAAAGUGGAAUCCAAUGUAUAAAAGCAGGACCUGUAAGCGGCCAUGGUAUUCUGCUUCGGCCUGCAAUUUUUACCCUUUCCUUUUUCUUCAGUGAAAAAAGAAACCAAUAAAAAUAAAGAACGCUUCUUCCUUCAUCAAGUAAUACCAAUUUUUAUGUUA